GAAGCGUCACACUUUGGAGACAUAGAAGCUGCUGCCACCCUGUUUUUAUACGUUGAAGUUGCAACCUCAGUUGCACUAAAAGGAGCACUUGAAGUUGCAACUUCAAGCAAGCCUGUGGUCAAAAUGUGGCUAUUUUUAUCGACCAAACGUGCUCAUCCUUUUCAAUUCCUUUCAGCCGAACCUAUAUCAGCUGAUUUGAUAAUAAUGGAUAUCUUACCUGAUCAGUUAUUCGAUUUCAAUUUGAUUUAUUGGAAUAAGCAUCCUUAG